AUGAGUGCAAGUGACGACGAAGACGAUAAAUUCUUAUAUGGCUCAGAUGAAGAGGACUCUUCUUUGAAAAGGAAGGUUAGUAACGUUGAUCGUAAAAAUUCGAAAAAAUUAAAGGUUACUGAUAAUACCAGUUCGGUAGCUAACACAAGCAAUAUCGAAUCAGAAGAUGCACCGGCAGAUUCUGAUAGUAACGAUUCAGGUUCAGGUUCAGGUUCAGGCUCUGAUUCUGAAUAUUCAGACUCAGAUAGCGAAUCAGAUGUAGAAUUUAUUAUUAGUGCAGGUACUGGAGAUACAACGAAAUUAGAUUCAAGUACUGCAUCUACAUCUGCUACUAUAGUGGGUGCAAGUGGGGCUCAACAAGGCUCGGGAAUUACAGUGGCUUCAGAACAAAUAGAUACUAUCACCUCUCAAGGAACGACGAGUUUAGAUGGUAAUGGUACUGUCGUAGUAGGAGGUUCAGUAGCUUCAGUAGGAGGCCAACCUGAAUCAACUGCAACUGCCUCAAUCGAUAUUAAUGUAGAUGGUUUAUUCGAAGGUCAACCAAUAUCAAGUCUAGAUCCAGAAGUUUUAAAGGAAAAACCAUGGAGACAACCUGGUGCUAAUAUAAGUGAUUAUUUCAAUUACGGUUUUAAUGAAUUUACUUGGAUGGAAUACUUAAGUAAACAAGAGAAACUAAAACAAGAAUACAAUCCACAUAAAAUAUUAAUGGGAUUAAUGGCAUUACAGCAACAAGGUAAAUUGAAUCCACCUCCCCCUUCCACAGAUUCCAAGAUGAAUACUAAUAUGGCAUCAAACACAAUGGAAAAAAACCCACAACAAACUGCACCAGCAAACCCACCAAUGCCUCCCCCAGGUUUCCCAAUGUUUGGCGGUUUCACUCCAUUUCCAAUGCCACAUAUGAUGGCACCUCAAAUACAACAGCAACAAUUCACACAACAACAGCAGCAGCAGCAGCAGCAACAACAACAACAACUGCAACAGCAGCCACAACAGAAAAAAUAG